UAAUUCUUUGGAGACUAAACUUCGGCAUAGUAGUGGAAAAUACAACCAAACCCGUAAAAAAAAAUCAUUAGAAAUUAAUCGAUCAGAACAGCAUGAGAAAAAAAAUUCUCUUCGGGUGUAGUGCGUCUUGAGUCUCCCCUGUUGUAUGUACACAAGCGACCGAACCCAGUAUCCGCACAUAGCAUUAAUACGCUACACACGGAAAGAGCAACGACAGGCAGGCACAGAGUAGACCGUCAACACACGUGCGCGCAUACAGAGAAUCGUAUGUAGAAAGGCUUAUGUGUGCGUUGUCAGUGAUAGCAAGUAAGCACGUAGGCGUGACGUGUACGUACACGCAUUACACGCAUUCCUUGACCGGUUUCUACACCGCCAAGCUCCCCGAGGAUCAGGCAAGCAUCCUAAACCAGUAGCUCUUUUCUUCUCUCCUUCUCUCUCGCUCUCGUACGUUCACUCUCGAGACACGCACGCGUCUACGUGUAUACGUAUGUGUAUGUCUAGCAGCAGCUGCAGCUGCUGCAAGGUGUGUCUUGCGCUGUACUCACGCGGUAAAUCUGUAGUGGUACGCUGUACACUCGGUCACAACUGAGAGCACACGUACAUUGCUCCAGUGUUACAUUUGCUGUUGCGCGGCCUACUUGUUCCUUUCUUUAUUAAAAAUGUACAAUUAUUUAUGGAUGUGCGGUGAAAAAAGUAGCAAACUGAACGUGAAUGAAGUUUGGUCUAUUGGUAUCUUUAAUUAAAGCGUAGAAUUGAGUUUGAAAAAUCAAAAGCUCCAUUUCAAUAAACUUACUAUCUAUGCUGCUAACAUCCACGUGAAAGCAAAAAAACAAAGAUUAAAAUAAUAAUUACCGUGACAAGGUCUCGGCUUCAAGUAAGAAAAGCACUAGUUGCACAUCACAAGUUCAGGGUAAAGAGCGCUACACGUAAAUCAAUUAUACGCAUACAUACAUGAGUCGUGGCAUCUCCAAGAAUGAAACGGUUCGUGACCGCGCUGUACGGAAAGCACAGCAGACGUGUAUGCUAUAUAAAAGCUCGAGGAGAUAUCCCUUAUUCCAGUGAAUAAGAGCGUCUAGUUGAACUAGACGAGGGUAUCCUCGGUCCGUCCGCGGGUAAGAGCAACAGUUUGUUCCGUGACGUAUUCCGCAUGGGGCAGGCCAGUUCCGGGGGACCCCCUUCAUUAGGACAACAUCUACCUUGAAGAAGUCGCUCGCUAUGUUCUCAAGUAAUACGUAGGAGAGAGAAACAGCUCUUGCGGGCAAAGGCUUGCAGUACAUAUUUAGUCGAUUGCUUCCUACGCCGUCAUGUGCUCCUCGUGAAAGGGGAGCGUCGCGGAGUGGCCGCUCCGCGCAUCAGUUCCCCACUAUUUCUCGACGCGUCCGCGCGAUAUACCCAAGUCAUACUUUUACUGCGACUGCGCUUCUUUCAGCUUCUAUGCGCUACCGCAUGUUUACUGGGAUAUUGGCGAGAAAGAUAAUUAUAUAUCAUGCGACAACCAGAGCGUUUUUUAGGUGGUUUUUAGAAAUAGUUUCGUUGAAAGUUAAAAGUAGUAGUUAAAAUACUUAUAUUUUAGAUAUCUUUCGAAAUACACGCAAGUAGUUUCAGAAAUGAUCAUACAAGCUGAUACUGUCGCAACGUUGUUGUACGAAACAUUUGUGUUAAUAUAAAAAAAUGUAUAACUAUUAUCGACACCAGAUCAACGUUUGAUUAAAGACAACUUUCUGUAGCUGAAAAUUAGAUUAUAUUGUUUAUUCUGAUAUAUACAAUAGAUAUCAAGGAUUAUUUGAGACAAUAUCAUUGAUUGCUUCAUUACUAUAAUAUCUCGAUAAAUCUGUAGAUUGUAAGUCGCAACGCUAUCAAAAAUAAUCAUAUAAAAUAAAGAUUCAAUCUAAUUUAGACUGCAGAUAACAUUAUAAAAAACAUUCUAUUUUAUUCUUGUAUUUGUCUACAAGUGCUGGCAACGUUUCUGGAAAUCGUUAAUUUGUAAAACACUUAGAUGAUAUCCAUUCCAAAAUAACGAGAUUAGUUUGACAUUCAUUUAUCCAAAACCAAUAAAGACCACAGGUUUUCCCGAAUAUGUCACAAUUUUCAAAAGUUUUAGAAAAUCAAAUGACAACUGAAUCACAGAAGUACUUUCAAAACAAUUGGUGCAAGUAUGAAAUAGACGAAGCCAUAUACAAGAGAGCGAGGAGAGAGAGAGAGAGAGCGAGCAAUCCCCGGAGCAUUCCUGCACGCCUAUUCAUUGAGCGAAGCUUAGUACAUUUCCACGGUGUGCUCGAGUACAUCUGAGCUCUCGCGCGUUAGUUGCGGGUACCGUAGCACCGAGAGAGCAGUUGAGAGGCGUUCGAUUGGCCGUGGCGCACAUAAGACCAACUAAAAGCUUCUACUCUCCCGAUGAUUCGCCGACUCUAUUCGAUCGACAAAAGUGUUUUGCGACAAACGGUUAGUAAAGCUUCGCCUGGGCUUUUCAUUAAAAAGUGCCGCCAGAAGAAGAAUAGAUGGUAGGUCUAGGAUCGAACGUCAUACCAGUGUACCCUUCGAGACUAUUCUGUUCGCCUGAUCAUUAUGCCUCGCGCUUUCGACAUCCAUACACUCGAUUAUUCUCGCGGCCUCUCUCUCACUCCCUCUCUCUCUCUCUCUCUCUCUCUCUCUCUCUCUCUUUCUACCUACCUACCUACUUUAUCUCUGCGAGCAAUACUUACUGAGAGUAUUACUACGUGAGCGCGGGCAAUGUCAAGCUUUGAGUAUCGAAAUAUUCGAGGCGAUGGCUGAUCGAAUCACCGUGACUUUUUCGUACUGGGCUUUCAAUUUGCUUACCAGAUACUAUAAAACAUUUUUUUUUUAUUUAAUUAUUAUUUGUCUAAGAUCAUUUCCUUAAAAUUAAUUCUUUAAAAAUAACAGAUUUAUUUUUAAUUUCUAACGUUUUAUGAAAAACGCAAUCAGUAGAACAUACCAGGAUUGGUAAGACAGCGUUUGCCUUGUUGACUUAUACUACUUAAAAUGUCUCACCGAACUAAAAUGUUAUAUUUAAUUGUAUAUAUUCCGGACUGUUCUCGUGGUAUUUAAAUAGACGCAGCAUCAACAACUGACUCAUAUUUAUAAAUGAUUAUUUAUAAGUUAAUGACUUACAUAUUCAUGGCCUAUGCUUUCCCAAAUAUUUGAAAUAUUUUAUGAAAUAAUUCUAAUGCUACUGCACUUGUCAUUGCUUUCAAUCAAAACUGCAUUAUAUAAAAAAUAAAUUGAGUCGAUUUAAUUUAUAUUAUCAACCGAGAGCCAGACUUCAGUGACAUCUGUUACGCAAUAACCCAACUGAGAGAAACUAGAAGUAUGAGAGUUAAAUAUGUAUGAUGUAUAAAUUAUAGAUCUCUAAUAUAAGUAGACGGUCAAACACACUCGGUGCUUCCAAGAAAAUGGAUGGUGUUUUCCUUGAUCUCUGCUGCAUUUGGUAAUUUUUUAAAUAUUUAUUUGACAAAAACUUAUACAAGAGGAUAAACAAAGCAGCAAAACUGGAGAUUCUAACCUUAUUAUGUCUAUCUAUUAGUUUUUAUACAACUUAUUUUCAAUCAAUGAAUCAAAAUGCUUUCCACUUGUGGUGAUAUCCUAGAAACAACAGCAUUGUUAGGUCAAUCAGCAGACGGAGCAUCAGGAACUGAUAGUAUUGGAACACACAGUGAUUUAUCUGGAAAUACGACAAUAUUAACAAGACCUCCUAGAAUGGAUAUUGUUUGUAUUCUGGAUUUGCAACAAUUGGAGCACUCACUUCAAAGAAAGAAAGCAUUCGAGGAAAUUAAACAAGCAUGUAAUCUAGUGAAUGCUCGACUGCAUCAUAUACAGUUUGAAAAACUGGAUUUUGGAGAAACAAAUGUACUGGAUACAUUUUAUAACGCAGAUGUUGCUGUAGUAGAUUUGAGCAUACAAAUGCAGCAGUCUGCUCUGUUCUAUCACUUAGGAGUUAGAGAAAGUUUUGGAAUGAAAGAAAAUAUUUUGUUAUUUAACGAUAUGGAUUCAGAGGCUACACUCAGACUGAAGAUUUCCUGUGGCAAUUAUAGAUUUGUUGCCUAUAAGUUUAUGGACAGUGAUACUAGUGUAAUUACAUCUAAUUUUGCUAAAUGUAGUAAUGAUGAAACUCUUGACCUUUCACAGAGGUUGAAGAAAAUUUAUGAAGAAGUUGAAAUACAAUCAAAAGCACACAUGAAAGAAAAAUUUUUAGCAGAUUUACGUAAAAUGCGAGAAAGUCUUACUGGUGAAGAGCUUGCAAAAGCUUUAACUAAUAUGAGAAAAAGAUUAGAUGAUCCUAAUGUCUUAUCAGGAGAAGUAGUUCUGAAUGUCCUUAUUUCAUUUAGAGACAUACAGGACUAUGAUGCAAUGGUUCAACUUGUUGAUGAUUUACGUACAGUUCCAAACCACAAAAAUUCAAUAAAUACACCAGCUAUUCGAUUUCAGUAUGCAUUUGCUCUCAACCGUAGACAGAAAGAAGGUGAUAGAGCAAAAGCAUUAAAGGUGAUUGAAGAGGCCUUAAAGAAAAAAGAGAACUAUGUCCCAGAUAUUAUUUGCUUAUGUGGGAGAAUUUAUAAAGAUAUGUUUGUUGAAAGUAAUUAUCAAGAUCAAAAAUGUCUUGAACAAGCCAUACAUUGGUAUAGAAAAGGCUUUGAGGUACAGCCAAAUGAAUAUGCUGGCAUCAAUUUGGCUACACUUCUAGUAGUUGCAGGCAACGAAUUUUCUAAAAGUGAAGAGCUUCAACAUAUAGGAAUGGUACUCAAUAAUUUAAUUGGCAAGAAAGGUAGUUUGGGAAGUCUCAAAGAUUACUGGGAUGUGGCAACGUUUUUUGAAAUUAGUGUACUUGCUGAAGAUUACUCAAAGGCUAUUAAAGCUGCUGAGUGUAUGUUUAAGCUAAAACCUCCUGAUUGGUACCUGAAAUCGACAAUAGGAAAUAUUAGUCUUAUAAAUAAAUUUAGAAAGAAAAAUGAAGAUAUAGAGGUAGGUCCAGAGCAACAAAUUUUCGUUUUCUGGAUGGAUUACUUUAUUGAAGCUACAAAGAAUGAUGUUAGUGAUAACAUUCGAUUCCCAGUUUUAGUUCUAGAGCCAACAAAAAUUUUAAUGCCCAGUUACGUCAUAGUAAAUCUUGGAGCUGAAGAAAAAUCAAUUCAAAUUUCUAAUCUAUGUUUAGAAAGCAUGAAACAUUGUUGCAAACAAGUUCACGACUGGUUAUUUAAUGCUGAUAUGAUUCGCAGUGUUAGUUUGUAUAAAAGAGACGAGCGUUGUUUAUUUUUGUAUGUCCAAGAAAAUUCCGACGAUUUCCAAAUGUACUUACCAUCAGUCAAAUGUAGACAGAGAUUUUACGAUCUUAUCUUGGAAAUGACAAGAGAUCAGGAAAAUAUGGUUACUGAUCUCGAUGCAUAUAUGGCAGAUGACACAUCAAAAGUUAAGUUUGAGUACGAAUUGGAUGAGCAGAAUAAGCGCAUUGUUCUCGGACGUGGUACCUAUGGAGUUGUUUAUGCUGCUCGUGAUUUAAACACCCAAGUUCGUAUCGCCGUUAAAGAAAUUCGCGAAAAAAAUCUUGGCGAUGUACAACCGUUACACGAAGAAAUAAAAUUGCACAGCCAACUUCGGCACAGAAAUAUAGUUCAAUAUUUAGGUUCUGUGAGUGAAGAUGGGUUCUUCAAAAUUUUUAUGGAACAAGUUCCAGGAGGAAGCUUAUCAGCCUUACUCAGAUCGAAAUGGGGUCCUCUAAAACAAAAUGAAGCUACGAUAUCGUACUAUACAAAACAAAUUUUAGAAGGAUUAAAGUACUUGCACGAUCAGAGGAUUGUUCAUAGGGACAUCAAAGGUGACAAUGUUUUGGUAAACACGUAUAGCGGUGUUGUUAAAAUCUCGGAUUUCGGCAUGUCUAAAAGAUUAGCUGGCUUGUGCCCAAGCACUGAAACUUUCGCUGGAACUCUACAAUACAUGGCCCCGGAAGUUAUUGACAAAGGUCAACGUGGCUACGGGGCACCGGCCGACAUUUGGUCGCUUGGUUGUACCGUGGUUGAGAUGGCUACUGGCAAACCGCCAUUUAUUGAAUUAGGGUCACCUCAAGCAGCAGUUUUUAAGGUUGGCUACUACAAAAUACAUCCCGAAAUCCCCUCGGAAUUAUCAGACAGAGCCAAAAAUUUCAUUUUGCGAUGCUUCGAAGCGAACCCCGACACUCGAGCCACGGCGUCUGAAUUACUAGAGGAUCCCUUUUUAUCAGAAAAGAAAAAAACAUUGCGAUUGGCCGCUCCACCAGACUUCAGUCGCAGCAAAUCAGUACCAAGCGACAAGGCAGAAAAGCUCGUAAUAAAUGAUAAAACCAAUAAUAAUCAUAUCGUUACACCAAGUCCGAUGCAAGCUUCGCAAUCAGACGACAGUAACGUGCAUAAUGGAGGUCCGUCAAAAUUACGUCGAUUAAGAGACUGCAGCCCAGCUCGAUAUCUAUCGCCUAUCAGCAUGCCAACUACAAAUCUGUCGUAUAACAGCUGCAGCACGAUAGGAAUGACUCCUUCAAUCGAAACAAGCGAGCCUGAUGUCGUUGGAGAUUCCAUAGCGAGACGAAGUUCGUCAGGCGGUCUACUCUCGCCGGAAGUCGAACUCACAGGUCAUCUGACGCAGAAAAGCGGAGAAGAACAGGAAGGCUUUUAUUUGCUGAAGAAGGAUAGUCAGCGGCGGAUGACUUUAACAAGGGUCUUAAAUCAAGAUGAAACGAAAAUUUGUACACUUUGGUUAGACAAGAUUCAAUCGGAAGUUGGUCACGUUACCGUUUUACAAAUGAAUCAUUUAGAAUCGUUAACCAGGGCAUUGAGAAAUUACAUUUCUGAACAAAAGCAAGAGCUACUAACAGCAGCAAUCAGCAAAUUGAAAGAAGAACUGGAUUUUGAUUCAACUGCUAUUAACCAGUUACAUUUUGCUAUUUACCUAUUUAAAGACGCAGUAAACGAAGUCCUUAAAAUGCACAGCAUAAAACCUCACUGGAUUUUUGCCUUAGAUAAUCUAGUGACAAAUGCUGUUCAAGCUGCUAUUACCGUACUGUCUCCUGAAUUAGGAGCAAAUUUGUUGGGCCACGAAAGAAUUCAGACAACGGUCGAAGGUGCCGAAGAAGGAUCAACUUCAGGAGUAUCUACCGUCAAUUCUACGAAAUCACAUAAAACAGGCGAAUCUGCCGACUAUAGUAAAUAUUGGUUGGAAUAUCAUGAUCAAAUGGGAUCGUUGAAAGUCGAAAAUAUGAAAUUAAUGCAUGAAUUAUUAGAGGGUCAAAAGGUUUAUCAAAGUUUGCUAUAUCAAGCAUUAGAGGAGCAAAAAGAACAAUUAAGGGUUUUAACGGAUUUGUGUAAAAGUAUUAAUCAGAAAAUCAGCAGAAAGAACCUUGGAAGACCACAAAUUAGUAUUACUGACUACAACGAUGAGAACGCAGUUGAUUCACCAUUGAUACAUUGGCUACAAAAUUUGAAUGUAGACAGUGAUGCUAUAGAUAGGUUUAUCAAUGAAGAAUAUAUUCUCGAGGAUAUUUUAGUUUACAUUAACAGAGAAGACUUACGUAGACUCAAUUUAAAAGGUGGAGUUGAAUUGAAAAUAUGGAAAGCCAUAUUGACACAUAGAAAUUCUUCAAACCCCAAAGGAAUAUCACAAAGUUUGAAAAAGUAACCAUGAAGGAAGUAGCUAGUCUCACUAUAGCUGCUUAGAUUAAUCUAACAAUAAACUUACUAAUUAAUCGUACUGACUUACUAACCGAUACCGUGAUAAUAUAGGAAUAGUCAGCUAUCAAGUGCACAUGCACAAGAAAUAAUUAUUUCUAUACGAUGAAUGUGCCUUAACCAGUGCAAAAUAGUCAGUUUUAUAUUGCAGCUAUUGAAUUUGUGUAUAAUAGUCAUGGUGUAUUGAACCACUUUAUUUUUUAUACAAAACUAUACAUCAACCAACAAUUUUUAAAUAUGUCUUCCAUUGAUAUGUUUAAUAUCAAGCCAUGAUCUUUUUAAAUUAUGAUUUCAAUUUUAAUUUCUUGUUUGAAUUGUGUAUAUAGCAGAUUUUUGAUAGGCACUUAUUAGACAGUCUUUGAAUAAUGUACAGUAUUGCAUAAUAUAUUCAUGUUUAUGUUUAUUGUUAAAAUGUUCAAUAAAUUUUAGAUAAAAUUAUGGAUUUUCAAAAUACUCACAAUCACAAAUGAAAAGUUAUUAAAGUUUUCUUAGAGUUUAUUGAGACUUUAACAUUUAAACGCAGCAUAUUUUCAUAAUAAUAUUAACUCUAUUGUAUGUUUAGCAUCUUCUGCACACGUAAAUUAUAAAAUAAGUUAUUUUAUUCACACUCGUCGUCAUAGACUGAUCAAGCAAAUAGCAAACUUCUACUAAAAUUUUUACAUGAAUCUAAUCUUACUUCACUAAAAUUAAUCAAGUCAUUUUUGAGAAAAUAUAUUUUCAAAAUUUUUAUUUUUAACAUAUCAUCCUAGAAAUUGUUUUUUAUAUUUAUAGUAAUGUUAUUAUUUCCAUUUGCAUGAAAGAAAACAUAAAAGUAUCUUUUGUAUCUCAAAUUUGUAAGUGAAGCGUUUUAAUUGCGUAGCAAUAAAAAUAAGU